AUGAGUCGUGUGCACUCUAAAUUUCAAAAAGAAAUAUUGCAAUUUUAUAGGUCUGUACUUAAAUGGGCCAGUCUUAAGCCAGAGCCAGCUAAGUCUAGCAUCAUAUAGUAUGCGUAAAAUGAAUACAGAAAGAAUUAAAAUAUUCCUAAAAAGAAGUUUGAUAGGAUUGAAUUUCUGUUUAGAUAAGGAAAGAAUAAGUUUGAAAUAUGGAAGGAUGCUAAAAUUGAUUCAAUAUCAAUAAAAUGA